UCAUAGGGAAGCCAUGUAACGCUGCUCAGGAUUGGACGGCUCAGCAGGAAGUCAUGGUUGUGUUUUUACUUUUGCUUCGAAUGUGAUACAGCGGGAGCGACAAAGAGAGAGAGAGGUGUGACUGUGUGUGUGCGUAGGUGCAGGGCCUAUGGAGAAUCCUUCCAGGCGCUAUGAAACAAGGCAGAGAACCAAGUCUGAAGACACAAGCGUGAAGUCUCGCGUUGAUUGGAGGCGCACGAAAAGGAACAGUAUAUGCCAGGACCCUUACUCUGAUGAAGAUGACCUGUGCUCUGAAGAGGAAUCAGAAGGUAGUGAGGAAGAGGAGAGCAACAGUGAGGCAGAGGACUGUGUAGAUAAAGAGCAGCAACAAGUGACGGUCUCAAAUGACGACGCUGAGGAAGAAUGCGUCAAGCAGUCCCGGCGUAGGAGAAAGUCUGCAGUAAUGGAGAGCAGCGACAGCAGCUCUGAUAGUGAUGGGCCGGUCAGGAAAGUGUAUGCCAAGCGGCGCUGUCCCAUCGAUGACGAUGAUGAAGUCAGGGAGGGCAAAAACUACCCGGGAAUAAAGACUGAGGCGGAAACAACUGAAAUCAAAGUGGAAGCUGAAAAUGAAACUGAUGUGGAAAUCCUAAAGAAAAGAAAAAAGCUGGAGAACCUCCAAAAAUUGGCAGAAAAGAGGAAAUCAAAGAGCAGAGUGAGAGUUCAGGAUUACUCGGAGGAUGAUGAAAGUGAUCUUGACACACCCCUCUCUUUGGAAGAAACCAGUGAUAUUGAAGACAGUUUGGAAGAUUUCAUAGAUGAUGAUGAUGAUGAUGAUGAUGAUGAAGGAGACACAGAUGAAGGCAUCAGUGAGGGCAAGCAGUUGGCUCACCACCAGGAUCUGUUUUUAAAGCAUCGUAUUCCUCUCUUGUCAGACAGUAACCAUUAUACCCACCUCCAGAGAGUGGUAAAUGCCUUCUUGAUCAAUAUAACCACCCCAGAUUUCUUGCAAACAUUGUAUGAGGGAAUACGCAAGAAAAAAUAUGCAAAGGACAUGUUAAACUCGCUUUAUUGUUUAGAUGAGCGAAUGAUACAGCCUCGCCUUGACAACCUGUCAACCCGCAGCCGCUGGAGUAAGCGUUAUAGGGAGAGGAUAGACUGCUACCCGGAACUUCAGGUACGACGAGGUUAUGGUGAUGAUCGGUCGUGCCAAGCUUGUGAGUUAAAUCGCUUCUGUAAAUACACCGUGGUAUUAUCUGGACAGGCUUACAACAACAAAACAAUGAAAGUCGAUGAUUUCCUGCCAAAUGAUAAACAGGUGUUGAAGGUGGGCAGGAUAUGUGCCAAUCGUACAGACGCCUACCACCAGCUGAAGCACUUUAAAUACCACUUAUACCAGCUUUGCAUUCCUGCAAUUGAUGCCAUCACUGAGUACAACUCUGUCAAAGAGAGAGUGGAACUAUGUUUAUCUAACAUGGAAAAAGAUGGUAUAAUUAAAAAGCAAGCUGACUUCCUUGAGUGCUUCCUGAACGAGGCAGACUUCUUCCAUGAAGAAAAGAUGGACUGAUCUUGUAGCGCAUCAGUAUAUAUAUACCUGUGUGUCUAUUCUAUAUGUGUACAUAGCGCCUUGCAAAAGUAUUCAUACCCUCAACCAAUUCCUUUAUUUUACUGCAUAACUUUGUUCUCUCUCAUAUUUUAUUUUAAAAGCACUGAUAUUUUGUUAUGUAACUGUUUUAUAUUGGAAAUGAAAAUGAUGUGUUUUCACGUUCUACAUAUUUAUAUUUUGUAGAGCCACAAAAAAAAACAGCUUCAAAGGGAAAAUGCCCCCCUUUUUUUCUCCAUUGGUUUAUUCAGUCCUAGUUUUUGCACCUCCCCCCCAUAUGCUUCCAGUCAUUCAGCCCUUCCCUUACCUCAUUCUAUCUUGCAAGCAAUGAAUUCAGGAGCUUGAAUUCCCUCUGUGUUUAAUGGUGUGCAGUGAAAGAACAGGGACUCCAAGUCCAGAAAUUCAAUUGAUUUGCUUUGCCAUUUACCGCAGCCAUCUUUAGUUGCUGCUUGUCCAUUGGUCUUCCUGCCUUUAGUUUUGUCUUCAGCAAAUGAAAUAUAAAUGUUCAAUAAUAUGGCCUUCCAAUUUUUGAGGUUGACCAAUGCUUUGCUCCUUAUGGUAAACCCUCUGUAUUUACUUUUAUGAAGUCUUCUUUUGAUUGUACAUGUUGGCAAUAAUAUACCUAUGUCCUGGAGAGUGUUCCUGACUUGGCAGGAUGUUGUGAAGAGGUUUUUCCAGUAUAGUUGUCUUCCCUGGUUGUCCAGGCCUUUUUGGUUAUGCUAAGCUUACGAGUGUCUUCCUCCUCCUAAUGAAUGUAUCAUAUUAUUGAUGUGGCCAAUCCUGAUGUUUCUUACUUCCCUCUGAUGGCCCAAUGAUAGCCUGCUUUACUUGCAUCGAUGGCUCUUCUACUCUACUCUACGAGUUCAUAGCGUCCAAAUGCAAAUUUCACACUUUAUAUAAUAUUUAUAUAUAUAUAUAUAUAUAUAUAUAUAUAUAUAUUUUUUUUUUUUUUUUCCCCCCAUAUAGUGUUUAUGGCCCCCUGAAUGACCUUUUGGGGACUGGUAUCCUUUUAAAACAAAACUGGUUGAGGGUCUGAAUACUUUUCAGCGGUACUGUCUAUGUAUCUGCUGCCUAUAUACAUAGCUUUUUAAGAACAUUUUAAAUGAAUUGCCUUUGUCUAUGAAUGAAAUUGCCCCUGUACAUAUUUUAAUAUAUGUAAAUAACUGCUCAUACUAAAAGAUUAUGUAUAUCAAUGCUGCCUGUAAACUGUAGCUUUGUGGAAAAACCAAAAUAUUUUUUUUGUUGUUGUUGUUCUCUACAUUUGAUGCUUCCUGUGGGUGAAGUUGGUGCCCACGCCCCAUGAAAUAAUACAAAGCAAAUGGCCUCCUACA